ACAUGGAUGGAUAUUGUGGAGAAGAGCGUGUUUUUCGCGACCUAUUAUUUUCAAAAGCUUUGGAAUUAUUAUUGACUUGAUUCAGAUCCCGAUGACUAACAAGACCAGAAAAGCACAACCCGCGACCAUCGACAUUUUCAGAAAGCACAGAAUCACCUACGACACCGUUUAUUAUCUUGUGUUUACACAACAAAGGAGAGGGGACCAACCAGCUUCGGAAGAAAACCAGUACUGACCAAUCAGAGCAGAGGGGAGGGGUCAAGCUUGUGUCAUCCUGCAACAGGACGAACCAACCGUUUUAGUUUAGUGGACAGAAACAUGAACAAACAGGUUUUAAUCAAGGCCAACAUCCCUUAGCCUUCAAUGUUCUUAAGAAAGCCUACGCAAAACAUGCUAACAGACGCUUGUCAACGCAGAAAAGCUCGCUCGAAAUAAAAGCUGACAGGUUUACUUGACAAUAUCGACCAAUUAGGAUGCUACGUGUUUUGCACGAACUUCGUCACCACACACGCGCUCACAGUACUACACCUCUUCCUCUUUUUCUCUCCCUUUCCCGUUCCGUCAUAUGCGGGUAACAUUUUUCGCACACUCUUUGUCGCGUGCCCGGAACUUAGAAUUGUUCUUCUCUUAUUUUGGAGAACUUCACCGGAAGCUUUCGGGUUUCGUGUGUUUGACAUCCUUUCAGACUUGCCAAUGUCUUAGUGUUUUGUUACCAGAUGUAACCGGUAGAACGUAAAUGAAUAUAUGUGCAUUCAAACGCCGCUCUUGCAAGAAGGGAGGAUGGCACAUCAGGGCACUGCGUCUGAUCUGGCCCACAGGGCGGCGCACCCGGAAUCAGAUUCUGACUCCGACCGGGACUCCGGUGUUGGGGACGAUACAGUAGAGGAUCCCGACUUUUCCCAUGGAAUCACAGACAGACCUGAGGGAGUUCUUAAGCAGGAAGACACAGGAGAACUUUGCGAGGACGGAGAUGAGUUCACGGUGUUUGUUGCCUUUCAAGGGAACAUGGAAGAUGAAGACUUCACCCAAAAGCUGGACGCCGUCCUGAGUGGGAUUCCUGCGGUGCUCGAUAUGGGAUCUGACAGGCUACCUGCCCAGAACGUGGAGCCAUGGAACAGCGUUCGAGUCACAUUCAACAUUCCCAAAGAUGCUGCCGAACGACUGCGAGUGUUGGCUCAGAACAACCAGCAGCAGCUCAGAGACCUGGGCAUUCUGUCGGUGCAGAUAGAAGGGGAGGGGGCCAUCAAUGUGGCUCAGGGACCAAACAGAGGUCAAGAAGUUCGACUGAAUGGACCAAUAGGAGCGGCUGGUCAGAUCAGGAUGGACGUGUCCUUCCCAGGACAGCCGGCUUCAGGAGACAUACGUAUGCCUAACCCACAGAUGGUUCCACCUGGGCCUGGUAUGUCAGCUCAGGCUGUGGUACCAGGAAACAGUGGACAUGUACACCCUCGCAUUCCAAGACCAUCUUCACAGCCAGAAGGAAUGGAUCCAGUGAUGGCAGGUAUGCCAGUUCAACAGCAGCAGCAGCAGCAGCAGCUGCAGCUCCAGCAUCAGCAGACGGGUCUCCAUGGUCCAGGUCCUCUUCCUCCUCAGGCUGCCCACCACAUGCAGACCCUGCAGGCUGGGAGACCACUCAACCCGGCCGCUCUGCAGCAGCUGCAGCAGCAGCAGCAGCAGCAGCACGCCCAGCACGCCCAGCACGCCCAGCUCUCCCAGCUCUCCCAGCUCGCCCCUCGACCUUCGUUCAACCCAUCAGGGCAGAUGACUCCUGGCUGGAACCAGUUGCCCCCUGGAGUUUUGCAGCAACAAGCUGUCCAGCCAGGUCCUGCCUGGAGAAAGCCUCCACCCCAGGCACAAAUGGUUCAGCGCCCCCCAUCCCUCUCCACCGUUCAGACCCCCAGCCACCCUCCACCUCCGUACCCCUUUGGCAGCCAACAAGCAGGGCAGGUAUUUGGUGCCCUGGGACCAGGGCAGUUGCCCCAGCAGCAGCAGCAGGCAGGAAUGGGCCAGUUUGCUGCCCCUCAGCCUAAAGUACCACAGGGUGGUUCUGGUGGGAUCACAGGACCACCCAGACCUCCUCCUCCACUUCCACCGACUUCUGGACAGCAAGGCAACCUCACUGCCAAAUCCCCCGGUUCUUCUUCAUCUCCCUUUCAGCAGGGCUCCCCAGGGACCCCCCCCAUGUUGGCUCAGAGACCUACGACUCCUCAGGGCUUUCCCCAGGGCGUUGGCUCCCCAGGUAGAGCCACCCUCCCACAGCAGGGCAACAUGCAACAGCAAUUUGGGGGAAUGCCUCAGCAUGGUCAGCCUGGUGCUCAAGUACACCCAGGUGGGUAGCUGACCGGUGGGGGGG